CAAAAACUUCAUGUGGGCGGCCAUCAACAAAGAACAAAGGUUUCAAAGAGCGAUAGAGAGAGAGGCUCAUUCAUUUUCAUCCAACCCUACAACGCACGAACACGAUGCUGAGAGCCGGAAGCAGGAGGCUAGCUUCUCUCACAUCUCCAUGGAGGCACCAAACCUCCGCCUCUGCCUCCAUCAUCUCCAAAAACACUCAGAUCGAGGACACCGCUGACGAUCGCCGAUCGGCUCACGCCUCAUCUCCUUUCAACCAUCCAUUUCUUCCGUUCUCCAGAGGAUUUGCAUCAAACUCAAUAACCCCAAAAUUCGAGGACACAAUCCCACCAACAGUAGCCGCCAUCACAAACCCAACUUCGAAGAUCGUGUACGACUCCCACAACCAUGAACGUUAUCCACCUGGCGACCCAAGCAAACGCGCGUUCGCAUAUUUCGUGUUGACAGGUGGCAGAUUCGUGUACGCGUCCCUCCUCCGCCUCCUAGUCCUCAAAUUCAUCCUCAGCAUGUCCGCGAGUAAAGACGUUCUUGCCCUCGCCUCCCUCGAGGUCGACCUUUCCAGCAUCGAGCCGGGGUCCACAGUGACUGUGAAAUGGCGUGGAAAGCCUGUGUUUAUAAGAAGGCGAACAGAGGACGAUGUGAAGCUGGCCAAUAGUGUUGAUGUGGCGUCUCUGCGGGACCCACAGGAGGAUGCGGCUAGGGUUAAGGAUCCGGAGUGGCUGAUUGUGGUGGGGGUGUGUACGCAUUUGGGGUGUAUUCCGUUGCCGAAUGCGGGUGAUUUUGGAGGGUGGUUUUGUCCGUGUCAUGGGUCCCAUUAUGAUAUUUCCGGAAGGAUCCGGAAGGGUCCUGCUCCGUAUAAUUUGGAGGUCCCCACAUAUAGUUUCAUGGAAGAUAACAAGUUGCUGAUUGGUUGAGACUUGACAUUGAAGAAAAUGAAACAUUUAGGAUGUUGGCGAUAUUUAUGAUUUUGUGGCCGAAAGGACCUGUUUUUACUUUCUAAAUGGCCUUUUUUACAUUUGGGCAUGUUAUGGUAUGUUUCAGCUGAUGUGUUUUCAUAAAGAUUGGAGUAUUCGUUUUGUGUUUCAAUAAGACUUGUUGCUUCCAUAUGAUAUGUACAUCUAUCAUGUUGCAUGACAAGAUUUAAAUGGAUCACACUUGUUUCUUUAAA